UCCAAUUGGAUGGACUAUGGACAGACACAGCGGGUGUACUUAACAUACGUAGUAUUUAACAAUACUACGCAAUUUAUAAUAGUACAUACAGUAGAAAAACCUAUAUUCAAGAAGACGUUACUAUGAAAAUCGGUUAUCAAAAAUAUUGACAAUAAAAUUGAAAGUAAAGAGUUUAUUUUAAGACAAUUAUAAAAUUGUACAGCGAAAAAUAUGCUAAUGAACACUCAAUCUACUGGGAAUAAUUAUCCAGCUUAUAGUACCUAUAAAUCACGUUUUGAAGGUAGUUGAUAAUGACAAAAGUUUCAACGGCAUCUAAUAAAUCGUUACAUCUAACUGGAAUCGGAUUGGCAGUCCAGGCGUUUUAUAUAAAUUUAACACUGGACACUGUGAUGGGUGGUGAUUUUGUUCAGUUAAAGCCUGCAGGACCACCCAUCAUCAAUCCGACGGGAGUCUGGAGCGUGGAUCAAGUACCCCAGGGAUAUGCUACAGCUGGCAGUAAUUUGGCUUUAAACGGAUUGCAAGCGUUACAGGCUUUCGGUGGAAACAAAAUCGAUGCCAACGGAUAUCGAGACCAGAAUGGGUUCUACAGGGACAAUAACGGUGCACUAAACGGAUAUGACGUCGGCAAUACUUAUGGCGGUGUAAACGACCGUGGAGUUACAAGUGUGGAAGGUGGAGCUUAUGGUGGUAUAAAUGGACGAAACAAGGGACAUCAAGUUGCUGGAUUCAGCACUUCGUACCAAAAAAAUGAAAGCGGUAAUAAAGCUACGUAUUAUGACGAUGGUCUUGGACACGGUGGAGUGAUUCAAUAUGGUGCGAAAGAUCAAAGGUUCAGAGACGGAGAAGGCAAGGCAUUCGGAGGAGGCUACCACGAUUCGUCGGUGAAGACAAACGCAGUCGGUCAACAAGGCCAGUUCGGUAACGGGGACGGUUACCACACCGCUGGUGGUCAGACGGGCGACGCGGUCAACAAUCAGCUCUACGGCACGCGGUCCGACAGCGGCCCGGGCAUCGUGGCCGGCACGCCGUUUUUGGUGUCCACCACUGACCCGUUGCCCCCAGUUGUCCAUCUGCCACCGCAGUACGUCCAACAAUCCCCGCAGUACAUCCCUCAGGCACCUCAGUACGUCCCGCCGGCCCAAUACGUCCCUCAGGCCCAAUACGUUCCGCAGGCCCCAUACAUCCCUCAGGCCCCAUUCGUGGCCCAGGCCCCGUUCGCUGCCCAGGCACCCACUUUAUUCCAGAACAACAUUCCACAGCUGCCGCCGAUCAUACAGCAGCAACCGGGAUCGAUACUUCCGCCGUACAACGUGCAAUUGCCCGCCUUAUCGCUGUCCGCCCGCUCGCCGUCCGGCCAAUACGUCGUGCCCAUGCCACCAAAACUCUACGUGGACAAACCCAACGCCACCACAGACGGUUGAACAUUCGAAUCGAUUAUUUACAGUAUAUACUUACGUUGUUGUUUAUUAAUACAUUAUUAUACGAUAUUAUGCGCGAGUCGA